CCACCCAACAGAGGGACUCCCAGGCACCACUGCCUGUUUAAUGAUGGGAGGCAAGUCAGUGGCUGGAACUGAGGCGACUUGGAGCUCCUCUUGGUGCUGACAUGAUGACAGUGUGCAGGCCAGCCAAGGGCAGCCACAGCCAGACUGAAAACCUGGGCCACAAAUUGGAUGACAAGGUCAAGGUGGAAGGUCCAAAGCCUGGAGAAGACUCUCAAAGGCAGCCAUUUAGGUCCUCCAUUCCUUUCCUAGAGACUGAUCAGGACUCACCCUUCCGAAGAAGCCCACUGGAGAGCCUCUAUAACCUGAUGCUAGAGCCAAGAGUGGACUGUUUUCAGCAGAACAUGUUCAGCUCAAAUAUGAUCAUCAGCGACCCAGCUUCAGAUCUCGGCACUAAAGGAGCCAGCAGGGCCGGCAAGAGGCAGCUAAGCAGUGUUCAGAGCCCCUGCCCUCCCGCCCGAGGUGGGGCCUGGCACAAGUCCCUCAGCAUAAAGGACAAGAUAUCAGAGUGGGAAGGGAAAAAGGAGUUGCCCACUCCUGCCCCUGGCAGGAAAGCAGAUGGGGAAGAGAAUUACCUGACGUCAUGUGUGACGGAGAGGAGAAGCAGCGAUGGUUCGAGGACUCGGGUCGCAGAGGCUCAGAACGGAACAAGGCUGGACGCAGAGAGUAGAGAGGAUGAGAGGAAUAAAGGGGUAGUGAAAGUUGGGGCACAGGAUGCAGAGCAGCGGCAAGGCCUGAGCCGGCCAGCCCGGGAGCUGGCUCCGAGCCUGGGAAGAGGCCGGGAGCCCAGGCCCGGCAGACAGCGCUUUCAGAAUGAUAGCCUCUCUGUGCUGAAGCAGGUGGAGAAACUUGAGCAGGCUCUGAAGGAUGGGUCUGCAGGGUUGGAUCCCCAGCUACCUGGCACCUGUUAUUCCCCACACUGUCUGCCGGACAAGGCCGAGGAGGGGCCCACCCUUCCUGAGAACCGUGGGGGCGGGAGUGUCUCAGAAUUCAGGGCCCACCGCUUGGACCUGGAAGGCAGGGAGCCCUUCCCCGAGGCCGCAGAGGAAAGGAAGGGCUUGUGCAGCGGGCCCUGCGACCAGAGGCUGGAGAGUGUGUACAGAGGUUCGGAGGACUCCCCCGCAAGACCCUUCGUCAGCCCCCCGCCCAAACCCCGGAGAACUUUCAAACAUGAUGGCGAAGGGGACAAGGAUGGGAACCCAGGCAUCAGCUUCCGGAAAGAUAAAAGGAACCUGCCUCCUCUGCCCUCUCUACCUCCCCCGCCCCUGCCCUCCUCUCCCCCGCCUUCCUCUGUGAACAGGAGACUGUGGAGCGGGAGACCGAAAGCCAGUGCUGACCACAGAAAGUCCUAUGAGUUUGAAGACUUACUGCAGUCUUCCUCCGAGAACAGCAGGGUGGACUGGUACGCACAGACUAAGCUGGGGCUCACACGCACUUUAUCGGAGGAGAACGUCUAUGAGGACAUUCUAGAUCCACCAAUGAAGGAAAACCCUUAUGAGGACGUUGAGUUACAUGGUCGAUGCCUCGGGAAGAAGUGUGUCUUGAACUUUCCAGGUUCUCCCACCUCUUCCAUCCCUGACACACCCACGAAGCAGUCCUUGUCCAAACCUGCUUUUUUCCGGCAAAAUUCAGAAAGGAGGAACUUCAAACUGCUGGACACUAGGAAGCUGAGUCGGGAUGGCACUGGGUCCCCUUCUAAAAUCAGCCCUCCCUCCACCCCCAGCAGCCCCGAUGACACUUUCUUUAACCUCGGAGACCCACAGAACGGCAGGAAGAAGAGAAAGAUACCCAAGCUGGUGUUGCGAAUCAAUGCCAUUUAUGAGGCCCGGAGAGGAAAGAAACGGGUGAAGAGGCUGUCCCAGUCCACGGAGAGCAACUCAGGAAAAGUGACAGAUGAGAACAGUGAGUCUGACAGUGACACCGAGGAGAAGCUGAAAGCCCACAGCCAGCGCCUGGUCAAUGUGAAGUCACGCCUGAAGCAGGCUCCACGAUACCCAUCACUGGACCGGGAGCUCAUCGAGUACCAGGAGAGGCAGCUCUUCGAGUACUUUGUGGUCGUGUCUUUGCACAAGAAGCAGGCUGGGGCUGCCUAUGUGCCCGAACUCACCCAGCAGUUCCCUCUGAAGCUGGAAAGGUCUUUCAAGUUCAUGAGAGAAGCUGAGGACCAGCUGAAGGCUAUCCCCCAAUUCUGUUUCCCUGACGCCAAGGACUGGACUCCUGUCCAGCAGUUUACCAGUGAAACAUUCUCGUUUGUCUUAACUGGAGAAGAUGGGAGCAGGAGGUUCGGUUACUGCCGAAGACUGCUGCCUGGUGGCAAAGGAAAGCGUCUCCCUGAAGUUUACUGCAUCGUGAGCCGCCUGGGAUGCUUCAGCCUCUUUUCAAAGAUCUUGGAUGAGGUGGAAAAACGACGAGGCAUCUCUCCCGCCCUGGUCCAGCCUCUCAUGAGGAGUGUCAUGGAAGCCCCUUUCCCAGCCCUGGGCAAAACCAUUGUUGUCAAGAACUUCUUGCCAGGAUCAGGAACUGAGGUGAUUGAACUGUGCCGCCCCCUGGACUCCCGGCUCGAACACGUGGACUUUGAGUCUCUCUUUUCCUGUCUCAGCGUCCGACACCUGCUCUGUGUUUUUGCCUCCCUGCUUCUGGAAAGGAGGGUCAUCUUCAUCGCAGACAAACUCAGGUACCACCCGUGGCUGCUCCUGCUAAGGUGUUUGAGCGGCGGGCGUCUCACACCGUCUGGAACCUGUAGGGUGGGGACUGCCUGGGACUGCAGAGGCAGCUCCUCUGAAGAAGGGGUGUGAGUCAGGGGGCAACUAAGGCUGGAGGUUUGUGAGGCACACCAGUUGUGUAAAGUGAGGUGAGCCCGCACUUCUGUGCACUACUUUUCUGGUACUUGGUCUGCUUUUCACUCACUCUGCUUUGUGCUGGGCACCCUUCCAUGUGCUAAGGAAAGAGGCAUGAAAGACACAGAGCUGUCCUCAGAGAGGCCUCAGUCCAAGGCGGGGAAUGGAGGAGUAAACAGACCACCCAGCAGCAUGUUGUAAAAGCUGACUAGAGGCAGAGCAUUCUGGAGACCGAGGAGGGUGUUCAUUCCCAGAGGAGGCGAGUUCCCUGUGUCUAAGAUGAAGAGCAAGUAGAAAGCACAUUCCGGGCAAAAGGAGCUGUCUGUACAAAGGCAGGGAGACGGGAGGCCAAGAGCAUCGCCUUCAGGAACUUGCAAAGCAGCUCAUUGUAGCUGAGCAGAGAGGAAAGCCCAGAGGAAGGCCAGGAACUGGCAGAGAUGGGCAAGGCCGGUUCAUGGAGGGCUGCAGGGCCAUGGUGGAAAGCAGAGACAGAGCCUAAGGCAUCCCUUCCUCUCAGUACUAACGUAAAUCACACACACAAACUCGCUGCCCAGUAGGAUACACCCACAUCCUCGUGGUCACAUUCAGUGAUUUGCAAAGCCCAGGCCACAGGUCAAAGAAGAUCCUGAAGGAGAUGCAGGUAGGAAUUUGGGUUAAUUCUGAGCUUUAAAAAAGAAAAAAAAAAAUUCCUCGCAUUUUCAUCAUUUCAAAAUACCGAAUCAGAGCCUUCCUCGCUUUGGAACUGAGGACAUAGUUGCGCAAGUGGUGGCUGCAAUUCCAGGAAGGGCUGAGAGAUGGGGCCCAGCUAGAGAUGGGCCAACUGACCAGGAGAGGCAGGGAGGCCAGCUGAGAGUCCAUCUGGAAAGAAGAAAUGCCAAAACACAAAAAUUGGAGAACUGUGGUUUGGAGAGGAAAUAUGACUCUCAACUCUAGAAAACAAAAGGGAGGAUGACGAAAAGGGAAAGAAGAAUGGAAAGGACAAAGUGUA